CUAUUUGCCUGAUCAGAAUGAUCUGUCAUACGCUGAGGUUGAGCAUAGCGGUUGGUUAGCUAGCUAGCUAACGCUAAAACAAGGGUCCCUGCCUGUCAGUUGCUGAACGCAGUGACAGCUGAACAUAUUAUUCUAACUCUAGCUGUUCGCACAAUAACAUCGCCACAAUGUUUGAGGAGGCUAGUGAAGUUUUCGAUAACAUGUUUAAGUCUUCGUUCCCCUUAACCUUCAUUGUGUUUAUCCCCGCGGUGUUGAUCCUGGUGUCGCCGCUCCCGGCCGAGGCGGCGCACGAGUUUACGGUGUACCGCAUGCAGCAGUACGACCUCCAGGGACAGCCCUACGGUACCAGGAAUGCCAUCCUGAACACGGAGGCUCGUACUGUGGAAGCAGAGGUACUAAGUCGCCGUUGUGUUAUCAUGCGGCUGGCAGAAUUCUCCUUUGAGGAGUACCAGAAAGCCCUGCGCCAGUCAGCAGGAGCUGUGGUCAUCAUCCUGCCCAAGAACAUGUCUGCUAUGCCCCAGGACAUAGUGCAGCAGUUCAUGGAGCUGGAGCCGGAGAUGUUGGCCACGGAGACCAUCGUCCCCGUCUACUUUGCCAUGGAGGACGAUGAGCUGCUGUCCAUCUACACCCAGACCCUGACCUCCUCCUCCUCACAGGGCUCGUUAUCAGCAGCAGAAGUGCUGCUGCACACGGCCACAGCCAACGGCUUCCAGAUGGUAACCAGUGGAGCUCAGAGUAAAGCUGUGAGUGACUGGGCCAUCACCAGUCUAGAGGGUCGUCUGGCUGGAGUCGGAGGAGAAGACCUGCCGACUAUUGUGGUGGUCGCCCACUACGACUCUUUCGGAGUUGCCCCCUGGCUGUCGUACGGAGCGGACUCAAACGGCAGCGGGGUGUCCAUGUUGCUAGAGCUGGCUCGUCUCUUCUCAAAGCUUUACACCUACAAGAGGACACACGCUGGGUACAACCUGCUGUUCUUUGUAUCUGGGGGGGGGAAGUUCAACUACCAGGGCACCAAGCGUUGGCUGGAGGACAAUCUGGACCAUACAGACUCCAGUCUGCUGCAGGACAACGUAGCCUUUGUCUUGUGUCUGGACACUCUGGGGAACGGAGACUCUCUGCAUCUCCACGUGUCCAAACCUCCUAAAGAAGGGUCUCCUCAGUUCUCUCUACUUAAAGAGCUGGAGCUGGUGGCCGCCAGUCAGUACCCGGAGGUCAAGUUCUCCAUGGUCCACAAGAAGAUCAACCUGGCCGACGACAUGCUGGCCUGGGAGCACGAGCGCUUCGGGAUCCGCCGUCUGCCGGCCUUCACGCUGUCCCACCUGCCCUCCCACCGCCUGGCUCAGCGCUUCAGCAUCAUGGACGUGCGGUCAGUGUCCCCCUCCUCUCGCCACGGAGCGGGAGAGCCCCCUGCUGGGCCUCAUGUAGACGUGAAGAAGCUCAGCAGGAACACCAAGCUGGUAGCAGAGGCGCUGGCCCGGGUCAUCUACAACCUCACAGACAAGGGGGCUCCCGGGGACCUGCAGAUCUUCACUGAACAGAUGCAGGUGCAGGACGAGCAGCAGUCGGCGGUGGUGGACUGGCUCACGGCGCAGCCCCGAGCCGCUCAGCUGGUGGACAAAGACAGCAGCGUGGUGUCCACUCUGGAGUAUCACCUCGGACACUACCUCAAGGACGUCAAGAGACACUACGUCAAAGCGGACAAAAGGGAUCCAGAGUUUGUUUUCUACGACCAGCUGAAGCAGACUAUGAACGCUUACAGAGUGAAGCCGGCUAUUUUCGACUUGCUGCUGGCGGUCUGCAUCGCAGCCUACUUAGGAAUGAUGUACCUCGCCAUCCAGAACUUUGGAGUCUUCUACAGUGUUGUACGUAGAAUCACCCAACCCAAGACCAAGGUUAACUAAGAAGCAUGAGGGGUUUUUUUGUUUUUUUUCCUCUAUCCUGAUCCCUCAUUUUUCUUUUAACAAAUCAAGGAACUUUUAGCAGUAGGUUGGCAGCUGCUGUUCUCAUUAUGGUGUUCAAAGCCAGCAGAAUCCCUUCCAUAUCCUUCAUCCUGAUCCACAGACUCCGACGUCAGAGCCUGUCCUGCUGUCAACUUAAUCCAUUUGGUCUCACGCACCAGAAUAAUCAGGAAUCAUUUUUCAAUCUUCCUGUCAUCGUGAACACCGAUGUCUCGUCAUCCAUUUCUAAUGAUCCCUGCGCCGGACAUAUUUCAUUAUUUCACUCUUGUGUGAAGCAUUUGUCAACAACUGUGAGAUCUAGAUGAGAUAAACUGUCCUCAUUCCUCCUCCUCGGUGUAAAGUUUGAGGGUUCGUUCUGCCAAAACUGAUGUCAUGUGUUGUCUCGGGCAGCUACAGGGAGAAACCGACCAAGCAGAGUUUAGCCAAGAACUUCUUUUCAGAUCACCCAACCUGGUUGCCAUGGAGAAGUUUGAAUUUGAAUACUCAAAUUUUCAUAAAGACGUUCAAAGGUAUUGGUAAUGGGUUGUUUCUUACUGUAGUGACUUCCUCUUAAUUCCAGUCUGUAACAACACCUAUUGCGCAGUGAAAGACGUUAACAAGAUACAAAACAAUGAAUUGUUUUUCUGCACAGAAAUGAAAUGCUUCGAUUAAAAUAGUAAAGAAUGACCAGCGCAGGUCAUGAGAGUCCAAGUUGAUUUUUAAUCCAGAGGCAACAACACUUGGAUAUCUCGGCGGUUGUGCUUUGCUUAACAGCAAUCAGAUUACAAAUGAUUUCCUGUCAAUGGGCUAAUUAUUUCAUAUAAUGGUGUAUAUGAACAUUACAUCCAGACGGAUUUGGAAAAAAACUUCAUUUUUAAAUGCACAUAUUAAGAAAUAGCUUUUAUGGAUAAUAAGUAAUUGUUUACAUUAUCCUCAUUCAAUUGCCUUGGUAGUGCAUUUAUUAGAAACACUGAAUUCAAAAUAAUUCUUUGCCAAAUUAUUGUAUGUAUUAAUCCCCCUAAUCCUGUUAAAUUAACCAUGUAGAAAUCUACAACAGAUUACACCUUUUUAAGAUUUCCCCUUUUGUGCCACAUUUUCUGUAGAUGGUUUUCUGUUGCUGUGACUUAUUUUUAACAUGAAUGGAUAAAACAAAUCAUGCUAAAGUUGACUGACCUUAAGACUCGUGUCAAAAAAGGUCAUGCGCAUCAAACAUGUUUGUCUAAUCGAAGCACAGGUGUGUGUUGAGUGUCAGAUUACAUAUCAACACAUGAGAUAAGACUCCACACCUUUUCAUGAGUGAAAAACAUGUUUUGUUCAACGUGACCUUUUGCUGCCUGCAGCAAUAAUGUGAUUUGACCUUAUCUGAUUUUUUUGUUUUAAGCCAUGUCAAAAUGCUGGUCCAGCACUGCACUAUUUGUACACUGGACGUCUUAAAAAUGGGCAAUAACACAAAGGGGGUCAGAUUAGAUGGGGUCAUACAUCUUUAGCGCACCGAGAUUGUUCAUUUCAUGAGAUGUGGGUGUCUGUAAAAUGAGUCCUGCAGUGUUUCCUUGAACUUUUCUCUGCCAUAGUCUUGUUGUGGGUGAACGUUGUGUUUUUUGCCUUUCGAUAUUUUCCACUUUUUACUGCAUGACCAGUGUCCUGCCCCCUUUUUUUUCCUCCUGUUUUUUAUAUUACCAACGUGAGGGAAAUACUGUGUGGUACAUAAGAAUUUUUAAUUUAUUGAAGCUAGAUUUCAUUUAUGCACUGAACUGAACUCUCCUCUGAUCUGAACUCCAUUUGGCCUCAUCCACAACACUUGAUCUUCGCAAUGAAAAGGACAUUGGUUGUGAUUUAAAAAAUAAAAAAAAUCACAAGGAAAGCGA